AUGCCGCCAUCUUCCAUCGUCUUGAUCGAAGCGGACCGUCCAUCCCAGGACGCUCUCCGAGAAGGCCUCGAUCCACCGGUCUACACAGAAGCCACCGUUGUAACUGAACGAGCAGCCCCAGUUGAUGUGGAAAAGACGAAUCUGGCGUAUGGAUGGUGUCAAUACAUGCAAAUCUGUCUCAUCAUUGUCGGCACACUCCAUUGUCUGCUGACGUGGUUCGAGCCGAGGGAACGGAUUUGGCACGUCCCGCCUUUUCGUAAUCCACAUCUGCCCGACAAAUUCGGCCAUUGGGCAAUCGUUGUUGACAUUGAGGCAUUCCUGGGUAAAACGGUAUGGCUAUUCUCGUCCGGGGUUACUCUGAGGCCUGGGGCCACGGCCCGUCUCCCCACGCAAGCUAACGUGCAGCGCAUGGUCCCGGCCGUGCAGAGCGUCCCCACCGCCGCCCUGAAGGUGUGGCAAAAGGGUCCACCCGCUCGUCUGACAACCGGGCUGAGCGGGCCCAGCAGGCGCCACCUGCCGCCGAGUGGUCGUCCAAGGGCCGUCUCUGUUGCCAGCGCCAUCGGUGCCGUCGUCGACGUGCAGUUCGACGCAGAGAAUCUGCCACCAAUCCUCCAACGGCCUGGAGAGGUCACCGGACGUACGCCGCGCUUGAUCCUGGAGGUUUCGCAGCAUCCCGGUGACAACGUCGUUCGCUGCAUUGCCAGCGGACGAUUUGUACCGAGGGUCUUGUCCGGGGCCAAGAAGUCGUCGACACCCAGCAAGAUCCGGACGCAAGAUCCCGCGCGUGGACCGAUCGCAUCCCAAGCACCGAGCCCCAUCCACGCUGAAGCCCCCGAGUUCGUGUGGGAGAUGUCUGUGGAGCAAGAGAUUCUCGUCGCCUCUGGCAUCGCGGUCGUCGAUCUCGUUCGCCCCCAUGCAAAGUGGUGGAAAGAUUGGACUGUUCGGGAGGUGCCGGCUGUCGGCAAGACUGUGCUCAUCAUGGAGCUGGAUCAACAACGUCGCCUGGUACGGACAAACGAACGAGCCCCGUGUGGUGCCCCGCUCGUGUGGCUUGACUGGACUGAUAUGCUGCCGGAACACUUCCGUGAUCAAGAGGGACACAAGACGUGCUACUCUUCAUCGCCAGUCGCCUUUUCCGUUUCAACCCAGCCGGAUCAGGGUGUCUGCUCUGCUCCCGGUCGUAUCCCGUCAGCUGUCGAGUUAUCAGCCAACGCUUCGCCACCGACAUGGGUAGUACGCAGGAGCGCAUCCACGACGACUACCAAGGGCUCGAUCACCUCCGUGCAAGCCAUCUACGUGCCCGCCGACGAUUUGACUGACCCGGCCCCGGCUACCACCUUCGCCCAUCUUGACGCGACGACUGUGCUCUCGCGUGGUAUCGCCGAAUUGGCCAUCUACCCGGCCGUGGACCCGCUCGAUUCGACAUCGCGUAUCAUGGACCCGAACAUUGUCGGCCAACAUCACUACGACAUUGCCCGCGGUGUCCAGAAAAUCCUUCAGGACUACAAAUCGCUCCAAAGUAUCACCCAAGCAUCCUUGGUAUGGACGAGCUGUCGGAAGACGAAGCUGACGGUGUCUCGUGCCUGCAAGAUCCAGCGUUCCCUCUCGCAGCCCCCCUUCCAAGUCACCGAGGUGUUCACGGGACACGCCGGAAAGUUCGUCAGCCUCGAAGAGACCAUCCGCGGGUUCCAAAUGGCGAACCUUGACCAUCUGCCGGAGGUGGCCUUCUACAUGCAAGGUGGCAUCGACGACGUGUUCAAGAAGGCUGAGGAGCUGGUCAAGACCCACGGCGCC